AUGGCCGUCGCCGCCUCAGCCCCCGACGCCAGUCCUCGCCCGCCGCUCAUCAACUACGUCGUCUCCUUCGUCCUCGUCAGCCUCGCCUGGGGCCUCACCACGCCCUUUAUCCGCCGCGCCGCGCGCUCCCACCGCCCGCCGGCCCACGCGCUGCUCGACUCGCCCGCCGUGCGCGACUCGCCCGUGCGCGCCCGCCUGCUCGCCGCCUUUUUCGCCGUCGUCGACCUUGUCCGCAACCCGCGCUACGCCGUCCCGCUCUUGAUCAACCUCACCGGCAGCGUCUGGUUCUUUCUCCUCAUUGGCCAGGCCGAGCUGAGCUUGACGGUGCCCAUUGUCAACACGCUUGCCUUUCUCUUCACCAUCCUCGGCGAAUGGUACGUCGAGGGCAAGGUCAUCAGUAAAGAUACCGGUCUCGGCAUGGCUCUGUCGCUCGCCGGCAUUGCCUUGUGUGUCCAUAGCAAGACCUGA